AUGACCAAACUCAUCACCGUCUUCGGUGCAACAGGCAACCAAGGCGGUUCCGUCGUCCGCGCCAUCCUAGUCCAUGCACAGCUCAGCACACAGUGGCGCAUCCGCGGUAUCACGCGCAGUCCUGAUAAACCUGAUGCGAGGGCCAUGGUGGAGAGGGGUGUGGAGAUGGUUGCUGUAAAUUUGAAUAGUAAAGAGUCGAUUUUGCAGGCUAUUCGGGGGUCAGAUGCGGUGUUUGGCGUUACCAAUUACUGGGAAAAAGCGUCGCUAGCCCACGAACUGCAGCAGGGCCGUAACCUCACCGACGCGUGUCUCGAGUCCAAGGUCUCACACCUCAUCUGGUCGUCGCUACCUCACGUAUCCAAAAUCACGGGUGGGAAACUGGCGAAUCUGCACCACUUCGACUCGAAGGCGCUAGUUGAAGAAUACAUACUGGAGACUGGCCAGCCCGCAUCGUUUGUGCUACCGGGAUUCUUCAUGGCAAAUGUACCUGGGUCUAUCAAGCGCGUGGCAGCGGAAAACGGAGACGGAUAUACACUGACACAGCUGUUUCACCCGCACACGCAGAUCCCCAUGCUGGACGUCGCACAUGAUUUUGGCAGGUUCGUAGCUGCGUGUCUGGCGCGCCCGGACUUGACAAUGGGGAAACAUGUGCGCGCCGCGAGCGGCUGGGCCACGCCACUCGAUGUGUGUGCUGCAGUCCAGGCUGUCACGGGGAAGCCGUGUACGUUUCAUGAGAUGCGGGAUAGCGAGUGGAAGGGGGGCGAGGAGCUGCGCGAAAACAUGGAUAUGAUUAAAGACUGGAUGUAUUAUGGGCCUGGGGCGAAGGAGGGCGUUGAGUGGAGCCAGGGCGUCGUGGGCGAUGUUGGCGGGUGGGAUGGGUUUGCGGAUUUCGAGGGGUUCCUGAGGAGAGUGGGGUUUUCUUAA